CCCAUAUGUUGUAAAAGGAGAAGGCUUUAUGUAGUGGGUGUGUAAUGCAGCUUCAUGUUGUAAGAUAAGGGGAGACAUAACUACCUGCUGUACAGAGAAUUCACUAAAGCAAAACAACAGGGUUUCUGGUGUAGGUGGGGUUAGAGUGAAUGAUAGGAGGGUGAGUCGAGGGUGAGGAGUGAGGAAAGAACAUUGCUGGCUGUGGGGCAGAGGCUGUUUGGGUUUUAUAGUGUAGAGACACUCUGAAGACAGCCGUGACAGAGAGGAAGUGUGAUAAACAGCUCAGGAAAUGACUUUUUAAAUUAUUAGUUCUGUUUUUAUUUUUAUUUUUGAGGCUGGGUUGUACUUUGACCAAACAUGAGUAGUGAUGGGACAAAACAGCAUUUUGUGUCAACCUUUAGGAUGCAGAUUAAGCCACCACGCGUAUCCCCUGCACCAGCACACGGAUCAGGAUCUGUUGACCCGGGGGCUGCAGGCAAACGCACUGAAAGAGAGUUCAGAAAAAUAAACAGUGUCAAAAAUGUUUCUGAGAUCUCUUCGUCAGCAACCAGGGCUCUCAUUGAAAAUGGAAGCUGUCCACAGUCUCCAAAAGGAAACCUGCACAGGUUUGAAAGAUCACCUACAGGGGGCUGCUCCCCUACAGGGGGCUGCUCCCCAGUGUCUUCUCCCAGAGAAAUUAUACCAAAGAAGCGAGCCAGCUCAGCGAAAGGUUUGCCACCAGUGCGGUUUGAAAACCCUCCACAGCACGUGGAGGUAAAGACCGGGCAGACCGCCCGCCUGACCUGUCAGUUCACCGGCAGCCCGCCACUUGUGUCUUGUUGGAUCCGAAACAAAGAGCAGAUAGUGGACGGUUCCAAGCUCUGGACAGAAAACACUGAUCAGAGCAGCACACUGGUCAUAGAAGAGGUCACACCACAUCACGCUGGUUCCUAUUCCAUUGUAGUGAGGGACCGCAAGACAUCAGCGCAGCACACGCUUACCCUUUCUGUUAUAGAGCCACCACAGCCACCCACCUCCUGCCCAGUCAUCACCCGUGUCUCUCCUGCCAGCCUGGUUCUGACCUGGUCAGGUCCCUGCUACGACGGUGGCAGUGCCGUACUGGGUUACGUGGUUGAGGUGAAAAGAGGAAACACCAGGGACUGGUGUCAACUCACUGACCAUUGCAAGAGUACUUCAUAUAAAGUGUGUACGGACCUGCAGCCACAAGAAAAAUACUGCUUUAGAGUGAAGGCCUACAACAAAGUUGGGAGAAGUGAGCCAGGACCAGUGUCAGAGGUGGUCAGGAUGGAGCAAAGAGAUUCAGAGAAACCAAAAAAUGAGGAAGAGUCUCAACUUCAUACCUGCGUCACUAUUGACUCGACCCACAAAGUCACGGAACACUACAUGCUGCAGGAAAAACUGGGGAUGGGAAAGUUUGGCCUGGUUUUUAAGCUGACCCACAGAGAGACAGGACGGGUGUGUGCCGGAAAGUUCUACAAAGGCCGGCGAGAAAAGGAGAGGGAGGCGGCCCGCAAGGAGAUCGAGCUCAUGAACCAUCUCCGCCACGACAAGUUGGUUCAGUGCCUGGCGGCCUAUGAUCACAAGCCUGAGAUAGUGAUGGUCAUGGAGUUCAUCGCCGGUGGGGAACUGUUCGAGCGUAUUGUGGAUGAUAACUUUGAGCACACGGAGCCUGCGAGUGUCCACUACAUGCAGCAGAUCCUCGAGGGAGUUUCCUACAUGCAUGACCAGAACAUUGUCCACCUGGACCUCAAACCUGAAAACAUCGUGUGCCUUGACACCACUGGCACCUUUGUCAAGAUCAUUGAUUUUGGAUUGGCCAGGCGUCUGGAUUCCACGACACCCCUGUUGGUAAUGCAAGGGACGCCGGAGUUUGUAGCUCCCGAGGUGAUCAACUACGAGCCUGUGUGUUUUGCCACAGACAUGUGGAGCAUCGGGGUGAUCUGCUACAUACUACUGAGUGGCGAGUCGCCUUUUCAGGGCAGCAGUGAUGCAGAGACUCUGGCUUUGGUCACAGCUGCUCAGUGGGAGUUUGACGAGGAGAGUUUCGACGAAAUUACAGACGAUGCCAAGAAUUUCAUCAGUUCCCUGCUCAACAAGGAUACCAGGAGAAGGAUGUCAUGUAAAGACGCCCUGGCUCACCCCUGGAUGGCAGCAUUUGACACUGAAGCUCUGGCCACCAAGUGCCUGUCCAAAGAGAAGAUGAAACGGUUCCUAGCCAGACAAAAGUGGAAGAAAGCAGGUAAAGCCAUGCUUGCUCUGAAGAGAAUGGCUUUACUUUCCAAAAGCGAUAGCUCAGCAUCUCCUACCAGCCCUGAAUUAGAUUCACCCCUAAGCCCUGAAGCACAGCACGCUCUUCAGUCUCUGGAGCGCAAGAUGCAGAGUCGGCCCCACUUCACCCAGUGCUUGGAGGACCAGACUGUAGCGCAGGGAUCCACUGCCUGCCUCACAUGUCACCUCACAGGGUACCCUGAUCCAGAGGUGGUAUGGCUCUGUGGGGGGGAGUCCAUUGAAGAAUCCCCCUCGGUGCAGAUAGAGUAUGAGGAAGAUGGCUGUUGCACCCUGGUUCUCAACCAAGUCAGCACCAAGGACUCCAAUGUGUACACCUGUCGAGCCACCAAUGACCAGGGAGAGACGUGCUGCUCAGCCCACCUCACUGUUCAGAAGUAGCUUAGUGUAAGCUAACGUUACUUUAGCCUUAAGACUUCUACAUUGACAUAAACACAUGUUCGAAUAGUAUUUUUCAUUAUCCCUUCAUUAUUUAUCAGGGGUAAGCAGUUCCAUGUUUUGAGAUGGAGAUCGGGCUGUGUUUAGAAUUCCCUGCCAAGACUAAGGAAGUAAACUGUUUUUCCAAAUUCUCAAAGACAUUAUGUCUGACUGUGGUGCUUUUUAGUUUUAACCAUUUCUUUUUUAAACAGUGUUGGGUGCAGUACACAAA